AUGGAUGCUUUGAACUCGAGCGAGAUGCUUUUGGAAAGUUUGCAGGUGCACCACGACCAUGUCAUCGUGGUGACCGACAGACACGCCUUGGCGGCUCAUGAAUACUGGCAUCGCAAAACUGGCAGUUGCUGGAUCGAUGCUGUUUGGAUCAGCAACCAAGAGUCGUACAGUUGCUCUGGCACCCUGGUGGCCUUGCAGCGCUUGGAGGCACCAAAUCAACUGCCCCGAUCACAACUUCAAAUCAACUUUGCAGCUGCUGACCAGGUGGUGAAGGUAGAGUUUAUGGUCAGCGAAGUGAGUCACAGCGAGUUUGAGGUGCAGGUGCUCAGGGAACGGAGACAUCGACGAAACUUUGGGGAUGAGGUAUACUUGUCCAACGAGGAGUACUCCAACUUGGCUGUUCAACUUGCUGGCUCGCGCGCAGCCGUCGGAAGGGUUCGCACAUUGGACAUCGUUGGAGGCUUCUGGUCGGCCGAGACUAGACAGUGUGCCAGACACGAGCUUUCGCUGCAGGAGCGGCAGGGAAAGACACUGCAACUUCAACGAUAUCUGGCAGCGCAGGAAGCCAAAUGCCCAACACCAGCCGCACCCGGCCGGGUUGGAUGUCGGAAUUGA